AAACACCGUGAUGGGAUUUUAAUUCCAGGGCUGCAGAUGCUUCCAGAAGAGCCAGGUUUUCAAGAAAAGUGUCCUACAGAAGACCACAGUUGCAACAUCAAGCCUCUGCUAGAUCCCACAGUCUGAGACCAGAGCUCCAGAAUGCUCUUCUAUCUUCUUCCUUUCUUUUUCCGGCUCCAGGGUGCACAUGGGAUCAACAGCUACAAGGAAGACUUCCGCUUCUGUGCUGACCGAGUGCAAACAGUUAAAGGCCAUCUCCGUUAUGAAUUCCAGAAGGACGCCAUCACUAUUGUCAACAGUGUUGAUGGGCUUAACAUAAGUGCCCCAUUCUCACCGGGACCUCAGCAGUCCUGGGUGUUUCCUGAACGUUCUGGGAGAUAUCGCUUCUGCGUUUACUGGUUUCAGGACACUCACCUUCUCAGCCUUAACUAUGGAAUUACCAAAAAUUACACCCUGAGUAAUCAAGCUGAUUAUUCCCUCCCCUCUCCAAUUGUCACCUGGAAGGAGAACGACGUUGGAAACAGGUUACUUUAUAGCGUCUCCUAUGCCUACAACAACGGCUCCUGCAAUAUCUCCCUUCCAAGUUUGGCCGGAUACAGGUUCUCCUUAAGUGAAUUGCAUCCAGGCAGCGGGGGACCAGAAUCUGGAAAAAGGGACCAGAAGCAAAAGUUGGUCCAAAUCAGCGAUGUGGAAAAAGAAAUGAGAGAAACGGAAGAAAAACUAAAGAGCUUAGAAACAUGUCCUGGCUGUGGUAAGAAUGUGGCUUCAGAAGAUCCCUUUUUGUACCUGCAGCGUUUGGAGUCAAAGCUGGGAGAAGUGGAAUUCCAGGGAGAUCACAAGACGUUUGAGGGGACAGCAGUGCAUGCAAAUGUCCAGAAAGUUCCACUUCAUAUUCCUGAAAAUCUGCCCAUUGGGGUUACACUGAAGGAGGACAAAGUAGUCCGCAAGUUCCAAGUUACUCUGCCAAAAAAAGUCUUUGAGAAAUCCAGAGAUGGGUCCAAGAGUGGGAAGAUGAAGGUCGUGGUGUUGGCUGCUACAAGUGAGACCCUCUUCCAGGAUAAUGAUUCUAAUUCACUCCUUGGUGGAAAUGUGAUUGGCAUUUCAGUGGGGAACACGCCAGUCCACGGGUUGCCCAAGGAAGAGCGGAUAUCUAUCACCUUUUGGCACCACCUCCUUCAGAGGAAUUUGACUCCCGCGUGUGUGUUCUGGGAUAUGGGCUCCAAGGCCGGCCACCCUGGCAAGUGGAAUACAUCAGGCUGUGAAGCUGUACAAGAAGAAUAUCAAACAACCUGCCUUUGUGACCAUCUCACCUUCUUUGCUGUGCUCAUGGUGUCCUCUCCAGAUAUAGACCAUAUCCACUAUGAAUACCUGACUAUUGUCACUUAUGUUGGUUGCAUCAUUUCAGCUCUAGCUUCGUUCUUCACCAUCUUCUUUUUCCUUUGUUCAAAGAAAAAGCAGAGAGACCACAUUGUCUAUGUGCACAUGAAUCUCCUCUGGGCCAUCUUUCUCCUUGACAUGAGCUUCCUCAUCGCAGUUCCCCUGGCUCCUACCGGAGGUGACAUGGCUUGCAAAGCUGGUGGCAUGUUCCUGCACUUUGGCGUGCUUGCGUGCUUGACCUGGAUGGCCAUUGAGGGCUACAGUCUCUACCGGCUGGUGAUCGAAGUCUUCAAUUCCUAUGUCAAACACUUCCUGUUCAAGCUCUGCCUGGUGGGCUGGGGUCUUCCCAUAUUCAUGGUGUGUCUAAUUUUUGUGAUCAAUCAUUCGCACUACGGCCCUUCCUCUUUUAAGGUCUACGAGUCUCCUGAUAAAUAUACCAACGCAACCAUCUGUUGGAUUACAAAAAAAGAGAUCAACAAUUUCCUGAAUUUGGGCUAUUUAAGCUUGGUGCUGUUCUUCAACAGCAUCAUGCUGGCCACAAUGGUGUAUGAGAUUCUCAAGCUGAGACAUCGAGAGCAUCACUGGGAAUAUGCGGUGAUGCUUCUGGGGCUCAGCUGUGUCCUGGGCAUCCCAUGGGGACUGGUCUUCUUUGCGUUCGCUUCCGGGACGUUCAAGUUGGUAGCAGUCUACCUUUUCACCAUCAUCAACUCCCUUCAAGGCUUCCUCAUCUUCCUUUGGUACCUGGCCAAAGUGCUGCAGUCCCGCAGGUCGUCCUCCAUGCAGUGCACGACUUCCAACAGCCUGAAGCUGCAGUCCAGCAGCACCAGCAUCUGAUCUGGUCCUGGCCAGGAGGGCUUGGGGCGUGAAGCACCUGCGGGAGCCCCUCCUCGGGGACUCGGUCAAACCCUUCUUCGGUGGACGUGGGCGACGUCAUAACUCUGAGUAGCUCAGAGGCGACAGGGCAGAGACCUUGUCUUCCUUCCAUAUUUGUAUGACACUUUUCUAAUGUAAAUAUUUUUUUAAAAAAGAUUCCUAUGGUGUAAAGGAUUUAUGAGAGUACAUUGAAAUUUAAGAUACGUUUAUUAAACAAAAAUUUUAUUAGC